AUGGUUGUCGAUCUUUCCUCUUUCAUCUCUCCUUCAACUCUGCUUGCUUCUCUUCCCCGUUCCCCGGCUCAGUUCCCCCGCGGGGAUGGCUCAGCAGGCGACAGAGUGCAGUGCUACGACCCUGCCACUCUGCAGUACCUGGGCUUCUCGCCUGCUCUGAAAGCAUCAGAUGUGAAGGAGCAUGUAGCGAGGGCACGGCAGGCGCAGCAGCAGUGGGCUCACAGCAGCUUUGAACAGAGGAGGCAGUUUCUGAGGGUGCUGAUGCGUUACGUGGUGGAGAACCAGGACCUCAUUUGCAGGGUAUCGGCGCGUGAGUCAGGAAAGGUGCUGGUGGAUGCUGGGUUUGGGGAGAUCCUGACGACGUGUGAGAAGAUAGCAUGGCUGCUAAGCGAAGGGGAGAGGUGGCUCAAGCCCGAAUACAGGUCUGUGGGUCGAACCAUGAUGCACAAGGUCGCAAGGGUGGAGUUUGAGCCAGCAGGAGUGAUCGGAGCCAUAGUGCCGUGGAACUACCCCUUCCACAAUGUGCUCAACCCCGUGCUGUCUGCCGUGUUUGCUGGGAAUGCUGCUGUGAUCAAGGUAUCAGAGCACGCCAGCUGGGGCGCGCAUUACUACCUGGAUAUCAUCCGCACGGCGCUAAAGGCUGUUGGAGGCCCGCCCGAGCUUGUGCAUGUGAUUACUGGGUUUGGCCCUACGGGGUCAGCUCUGGUGCAGUCUGGUGUGGAUCGACUCAUCUUUGUGGGGUCAACUGCUGUGGGCAGGAAGGUUCUGGAGGCGUCUGCAGUGAAUCUAACACCCACGGUGCUGGAGCUGGGAGGCAAGGACGCGUUCAUCGUGUGUGACGACGCGGACUUGAAGCAGGUCGUGCCCAUAGCCCUGAGAGCCGUUUUUCAGUGCAGCGGGCAGAACUGCAUUGGGGCAGAGCGGUUCUUUGUGCAGGCCGGCAUCUACGACCAGUUUGUGGGGGAGGUGGUAUCUGUGGCGCAGAAAAUGAGACUGGGCUACCCUUUGGCAGAUGAGUUGGGGGACGGAGAGCGAGAUGGGAUGAAUGGGGGAAGGGAAAAGACAACUGUUCCUGCUUUCCAGCAUGAAGGGGCGGGAGGUGGAGAAUUCUACCCUCCAACUGUACUCGUUAAUGUGCGCCCCACUAUGCGCAUACUGCACGAGGAGGUUUUCGGCCCUAUAAUGUGCAUCGUGAAAUUUGAAAAUGAUGAAGAGGUGGUGGCGGCGGCGAAUGACUGUCCGUUUGGGCUUGGAUGUUCGGUGUUCUCCGGGGAUAGGAGGCGCGCUGCUGCUAUCGGGGCAGCGGUGAAAUGUGGGAUGGUGGCAGUCAAUGAUUUUGGCAGCACCUACAUGUGCCAGUCGCUGCCGUUUGGUGGAGUGAAGGAGAGCGGUUUCGGCCGGUUUGCAGGGGUGGAGGGGCUGAGGGGGUGCUGUAACGAGAAGGCUAUUGUGGAGGACAGAUUCUUCUCUUUGAUCAAAACCAACAUUCCUCCUCCUCUCCAGUACCCCCUGGCACCCAACGCAGUGCCAUUCCAGCAGGCUCUGGUGCGCAUGUUCUUCGCCCACACCUUCCUAGCCCAGCUUUCUGGCCUCUUCCACCUGCUGCUGGAGCUCUUGCGCUCUCCCAAGAGGACAAACACACAGCAAGGGUCAAGCUCGGUCGCCCGUGGUGCUGGUGCAGCUUCUGCAGCACGGCGCAAUUCAGGUGUAGCUGCAUCAGGUGGUGAGAGGCCGCAUAUUGAGUAG